GCUAGUUUUAGUCUUUCGGUAAUAUUCAAACGUGCAAGAUGCUUGCACCAAUAAACGCGUGGAAAAUUAAAAACAAAAGACACUAAUUCAAUAUACCCCUCGCAAGGACCUGCAUUGAUUUUCAAAUUCGUUAUACAACCGCAAAAAGUAUUAUUUUAUUUUAUCUAUUGAAACCUACAUAAAUAUCACUAAGUUGAAGUUGAAUUUGGAUAUGCAAAAAAGCAAACAUUUUUUAGCAAAAUGUGUGACCUUUACAUUUACCAUAUUGCUAUUGGUGGGAUAUGUUUCGGUGCCGGUGAACGGGUAUCCUUCGAACACGUUUCGCGAUCUCGAUAUCUGUAAUCAUUGGAAUGGACGUCGACAUUUUCUGGAAUUGGGCGAACGUGGCGAUUUGCAUGCACGCAACGUGACCACAUCGGCCUUCCGAAGCACGCUCUUCUCACCCACAAAUCCCAGCCAAAUGAAGAAUCGCAGUAGCACCGAUAUUUGGUAUCAGUGUAAUUUGGAGCUUGUAACCUGUGCUGAAUGCGUCAUCCGUAUAACGUUCAUUCACGUUAACUUCUCAAAAACAUGCGAACGCAUUGCUAAUUCCGGUAUUGGAAAAUCCUCAUUAUGUCCUUGCGAACACAUACAAUUUUCAGAACCUCCAUAUGAUACCACACUUUCGGGGCAGGAAUUCUGCGGUGAUGGCAAGGUUUUUCGCAGCAAAACGCGUACAUUGUUGCUGAAAUUUUUUUAUCGCGCCACCAACAGUCAUGUAUUUUCGCUACAAUAUUUCUCGGAAAGAAAUGUUAAGAUUGUAAGCGGCUCGCCAAGACAGGCGAUAAUCAGCAACUACUCCAAAAAUGAGCCGCAUGUCAUAUCAACACCUUAUUUUCCAAUGCCGUAUCCGCGAGAUUACGGCAUCGAGCACAUACUAACAUGUGAAUCGGAAAACUGUCAGGUUCGACUGGAUUUUACCGAUUUUCAAUUAGGGCUCACUUCCACACUGGAAAUAUUCGAUUCAAACGGACAAAUGUUGGACUCGUAUACCGGUGAACAUUUUCGCCCGCCCAUCACUAUUAGCAACGGCAAAUCACUCUUACUUCAAUUUCGUGGAAAUGGCAAUACCGGUGUUGGGUUUCGCGGUGAAAUCACUUUUGUCUCAUCCAAGCAAUUGAAGGAAGACAGAUUAGUGCCAUAUACAGACUGCGGUGGCAUGGUAUCUGGACCAGGUGGUGCAAUCACUAUGAUGAAUAUGAUUGAAAAUAGCACCGAUGUAAGAUUCUAUGACUGUAUAUGGAUAAUUAAACCCGGCAACAAUUACAUGAUGAUGAAGACACACAUAUCAUUGCGAGUCGAGGAAUUUCACGGUAUGGCUUCACGCUCCGAUCUCACCAUACGUCAAGGCACCACAUCAGAUGCAGCUGAAAUAGAGAGUGUUGUUUGGCCCAAUAACGGUAUGAGUAAGGAAAGUCAUAUCGUACCGGUAUUAACGGGUUACUACAUACGUUUACGUGGUGUCUUUGGCAUGUCAUCCAAAUUGGCAAUAUCUUAUAGUGUGUUCAACUACUUAAAUUGCUAUAUUGGAUCUGAAUUCCUGUGCGGUAACAACCAUUGCAUCUCCAUUAGGUUACACUGUGACGGUUUCGAUCACUGUGGCGACGGAUCAGACGAGCCAGAGUCAUGUGAGGAAGAUUGGGCUCAUCUACAAAAUGAUCGCCGUUGGUAUUCACAUAAGCCGAACUACUACUUUCCCAAAAUUGAGCAGUACCCUGACUUGAAAACAGCAACCGGAAUUUUUAUAAUAAGCACACUGGGCAUAUUUGCCGUUUUAACGGCUUGGAUGGUCAUAUUGUAUCGGAUGGGAGUUAGAGCACGCCAUCAGCGCGAGUUGCAAAACCAUCUGCAAACUAUCAGUGAACUUUUGGAUCGACAAGAGGAGAUGACACCGGAUGAACCUCCAAGCUAUGAAGCACCACCAGAUUAUGAGGAGGUUAUUAAGGUGGGCAUGGAACAUGAGAUACGUGAUGCUCGACAACGACAACGUCGUCGCCAUCAUCACCAUUGUGGGCAUGCGACAUGUGUGCCGCAUACUCAUGUUUGUGAGCGUCCAACAACAUCGGCAGCUGCCGCAGCUCUUGCUCUCGGCGGCACAGUCGACACAGAUGGAGCAGCAAUACCCGAUACGGAAAUCUGCAAUGAUUUAGCCAAUCGUGUACUGAUGGCCACUGCGGCAUGCGGCGCUGCAGGCGCGUCAGAGCCGAGCUCAACUGCACAGGGAUGCUGUUGCUGUCAAUCCGUGGGGAUUCCAACGUGCCCGGCAUCGCUACCCAUUGGGUGUGAAUUAUCCCCUACCAUUGGGGAGCAACCGGAGGCCACAGCCAGCUCUGCCGGAACGCCGAGUCAACUUGAGGAACGAAGUGACGAAUUUCGAGAUGACUCACUCAAUAUAUCGCUCACUCUAGGCAUACCACAAACAACAAUGGCUCUCAGUGAAAAUAAUUCAGCUGCUUCAUCUCGACCGAAGAGCACUACUAAUUACAGCGAGCAAACUUAUUUGAAACGUUCAUGGAUUGUCGUAAAUAACGGUACACAUAACUACAAGGUUCAACGUUUGCGUCAUACUUUCUCCGUGCCCGAGUCAUUCCCUUUUGAUGCUUAUUGCCCUGAUGUACUAAACUACGGCACCAAUCUGCCACAUGAACGACACCUUUUUCUCAGCAAUGCUAGCAACUUUGGUUCGGAAUUAUCGCGAGAUCCUUCUGCACACUGCAUCAACACACGGCGACUGCAUCAACAGUCAUAUCAAUCGCAAUCAGCUCAGCAACAGCGUAACGCAAUUUUACAAGUUUGCAAUGACGAUUUGUUUAACACCACUUCCACCGAUGUUUGCAUCGCAUCUACAACUCAAAAUCAAACUCACAAAAAUCACUCAACUGAUGCAGGGUAUAUACGGGAUCAUUUGCUGCGUAGCGAAACGGAUAGCGACUGUGAGCGUAAUGUAUCUUGUUUUGGCGCAGUAAGCCAUCGUAUACAUGCUCGACGUUCUCACGGCAGACGUCACGUGCGCAGCAAAUCAUUCACGAACUCUACCAGCAGCCAACAACGUCAUCAUCAACGGGUCGCCAGUUGUGGUGGUGGUGUAAUGAGAAGAAGCUCGUCGGCCGAUUUACUAUUGCGUUUAAGUCCAGCCACUUCACCUAAACAGGAAUGCAAUAGUACAAGUGGAAAUAGACAACAACACCCAAAGCAUGAAGAACUGAUAUUUUUGAUUUGAAGUGUGUUUUGAAAGCAGUACAUCUGGGUGUUUGAAAGUGGAUAUUAGAUUGCAAAUCUGAUGCAAAUUAUUUUAAAAGUAAGAAGGUGACUAAUGUAGGAGUUUCAGUUCGUCAUUGGGAUCUCUUUCAGUUUUUGGAUGUGAUUUAGCUAAUAGUUUUAUAUAUUAUUAAAUUGUUGUACUCAUAAAUAUUAUUAUUUAUGUAUAUACAUAAUUUCCUUUGUUAUAUGUAUUCUGUAUGGUCAUAUCAACGCCAACGGCUCCAAAUACAUGUAUAUUCCUAUAUAUACAUAUAUGGCACUUACUUAUUUAUAAAACAAAUAUUAAAUUAUUGUAAUUCCAUGUAUGUACCUAACAAGAGAAAAACCUUGAAACCAGAGAAAAAAUAAUACACAUAAUUUCAUAAGUUGAA